GUGAAACCUCGCUCAGGCUUGUCCGGCCCCCGGCCCGCAGCCCAUUACACCAUCCGCCGCGGCAUCCGCUGCAGCUGCUGUAGCCCGCGCAGACAGGGAGGGCGGGAGGCGGCUCGGCGUGGCGGGGCGGGGCGAACGGCGCGGCCGGAUUCAUUCCUGUGGGGCGCGGGGCAUGGAGGAGCUGUGCGGCUGCAGGCGGAGCAGGCCGGCCCGGGCGGCGGCGCGGACAACGGUUUCCAUUUAAGGGGGGCGGCCCGAGCCCGAGCGGCCAGCGGCGGCGGAGAGGACCAGCCCCCGGGCAGUUCGGUGCUCCGGUUGUCAGAUGUUGGAAGGCAGCAAGACAACAGACUCUCCGUGGUUUUAUAUCCGUUUGAGGUGCAGUGAUUAACAUUGAACUUUGGUUCCUGUAACUCUUGCCUGUGUCGAUAGAGUUAAGCUGGGGAGUUUUGCUUUGAAGGGUAAAGAAAAGCGCAGCCUCUCAACUGGACAUAAAUGGAUCUAAAGACAGCAGUCUUUAACGCAGCUCGGGAUGGCAAACUCCGGCUUCUCACCAAGUUGUUGGCAAGCAAAUCCAAAGAGGAGGUUUCCUCCUUGAUCUCUGAGAAAACAAAUGGAGCCACGCCACUCCUGAUGGCCGCCAGGUAUGGGCACCUUGACAUGGUGGAGUUCCUCCUAGAGCAGUGCAGUGCCUCCAUAGAAGUGGGGGGCUCGGUCAAUUUUGACGGCGAAACCAUCGAGGGGGCUCCCCCGCUGUGGGCCGCCUCUGCCGCGGGACAUCUGAAGGUGGUGCAGUCUUUGUUAAAUCAUGGAGCAUCUGUCAACAACACAACUUUAACCAAUUCCACUCCUCUUCGAGCUGCCUGUUUCGAUGGCCAUUUGGAAAUAGUGAAGUACCUUGUGGAACACAAAGCUGACUUGGAAGUUUCCAACCGACAUGGGCAUACGUGCUUGAUGAUUUCGUGUUACAAAGGACACAAAGAGAUUGCUCAGUAUUUACUUGAAAAGGGGGCAGAUGUUAAUAGAAAAAGCGUUAAAGGUAAUACUGCAUUGCAUGAUUGCGCAGAAUCUGGGAGUUUGGACAUCAUGAAGAUGCUUCUUAUGUAUUGUGCCAAGAUGGAAAAGGAUGGUUAUGGGAUGACUCCCCUUCUCUCAGCGAGUGUUACUGGUCACACAAAUAUUGUGGAUUUUCUGACUCACCAUGCACAGACCAGCAAGACAGAACGGAUCAAUGCUCUAGAGCUUCUGGGAGCUACAUUUGUAGACAAAAAGAGAGAUCUGCUUGGGGCCUUGAAAUACUGGAAAAAGGCAAUGAACAUGAGGUACAGUGAUAGGACUAAUAUAAUUAGCAAACCGGUACCACAGACGCUAAUAAUGGCUUAUGAUUAUGCCAAGGAGGUGAACAGUGCAGAAGAACUAGAAGGCCUUAUCGCUGACCCUGAUGAGAUGAGAAUGCAGGCCCUAUUAAUUAGAGAACGUAUUCUUGGUCCUUCUCAUCCUGAUACCUCUUAUUAUAUUCGAUACAGAGGCGCUGUCUAUGCAGACUCUGGAAAUUUCAAACGAUGCAUCAACCUCUGGAAGUAUGCUUUGGAUAUGCAGCAGAACAAUUUGGAUCCUUUAAGCCCCAUGACUGCCAGCAGCUUGUUAUCUUUUGCAGAACUGUUCUCGUUUAUGCUCCAAGAUAGGGCUAAAGGCCUGCUGGGCACCACCGUUACAUUUGACGAUCUUAUGGGCAUCCUGUGCAAAAGUGUCCUUGAAAUAGAGCGAGCUAUCAAACAAACUCAGUGUCCGGCUGACCCGUUACAGUUAAAUAAAGCUCUUUCCAUUAUUUUGCACUUGAUUUGCUUGUUAGAAAAAGUUCCUUGUACUCUAGAACAGGACCAUUUCAAAAAGCAGACUAUCUACAGGUUUCUUAAGCUGCAUCCAAGGGGGAAGAACAACUUCAGCCCGCUUCAUCUGGCCGUGGACAAGAAUACCACCUGUGUAGGGCGGUACCCCGUGUGUAAAUUCCCGUCCCUGCAAGUCACGGCCAUACUGAUCGAGUGUGGCGCCGACGUGAACGUCAGAGACUCCGACGACAACAGCCCCCUGCACGUCGCUGCUCUGAACAACCAUCCCGACAUCAUGAAUCUCCUUAUCAAAUCAGGUGCACAUUUUGAUGCCACAAACUUGCACAAGCAGACUGCUAGUGACUUGCUGGAUGAGAAGGAAAUUGCUAAAAAUUUGAUCCAGCCCAUAAAUCAUACCACCCUGCAGUGUCUUGCUGCUCGUGUCAUUGUGAAUCAUAGAAUAUAUUAUAAAGGGCAUAUCCCAGAAAAGCUAGAGACCUUUGUUUCACUUCACAGAUGAUAAUCUGACUGUCGCGUCGCACUCUUGAAAGCACGGAUCGCUGACAGUUGCCUCAUACGUGAGCACUGUUGUGAGAACACCAGCAUUCACUUAGCUUGAUGUCCUCGUGCUGUCAUUGGCUAAAGCAUUAGAAGCAUCAACUUUCCAGGAUUGGUUUCCCAGUAUUUAAUAUAAAUAUACCAUAUAAUAUAUUGUUUGUGAAUUAUUGAGAAAUGUAAUGUCCUAUUCGAAUUUCUAAAAUUGUCUGCCAAAGGCUUAUCUGUUCCAGUUCUGUUUGCUGUUGGGUGUUUGGGACAGAGGUCACCGUUUCUCAGUGGUGUCUUUAUACUUUACUGGUUUGUGAAUUUUAUACAAUUGAAGGUCUUUCUUUCUUUCUCCCCUCCCCCCCCCCGCUUCUUCCUUCUCUUGUCUAAGCUUCUUCCCUCUUUCCACUUGGUUUAUUUCCUAUUUCUACUUACCGGUUUUUUCCCCCUUACGGACCCAUGCUAGGUUGUACACCCUUUAUGGACCUGUUACCAUUUGCAAUUACCAUAAGUGCUUUAUCUCCUCUAUGCACCGGCUUAAACUUGACUGUUGUAUGUUAGCACAUUUUUCUAUGCAGCAGUUGGUCAACUUCAAUUCAAAACACUGUUACGUUUGUUACAAAGUUCAUUUUUUUGAAAGUAGUACUCUUGUAGCAUGACAAUUUUUUAGAGCUACAGCUUAGCUACCUGAGCUCAGGCUUUUCUGUUUGUUUGGUUUUUCUUCUUCUUCUUCUGAGGUUUUUCUCUCCAAUCCACUGAAAUUAUUGUGUGCUAAAUUUGGGAAACAGAUCUUUUCUAACUCAUUAACCCAGUUGAAAUUUAGGUCUGUCAUCUUAAUAUAUCAUGCAGUAAAAGGAAGAAUCUACAAAGUGACCCACCUUUCAUGCUGCUAUAGCGUUGUCCUGCUUGUGCUGAUGAUGUGAUUAGGUGUUAGAGAAUUUGCUUCAAUUUAACCUCAAAGUUGAUCACACAGCUUUAAUGAGUCCCGUUGAACUGUUCAGCGAUUGAUCACUUUUAGUUACAAAAAGAGCUACAGCAUGUCAGGGGCAUGAUGCUUGCUGAGCCCGAUCUAGGCAUCUAGGAUAAUUAAGGUAUUUUUGUAUGCAAUUUACUGCCAUAGUAUCCAAGGUCAGUAACAGUGUCCUUCCUUUCAAGAUAACUUGCAUGAAUUACUUUGGUCUCAGUUAUUCGGCACCCUAGUUAAUAAACACAAAAGGUUGCAGUGCUUCCUGUCCCCUUACUGGAAGUUAGCUUUGCUCUGCUUUUCUUUCUGUAUGGUUUUUUGUUUUGUUUUGUUAUUGGUUUGGUUUGGUUUUUUUCUUCCACACAGCUUCUCUAAUGCCACAGAAAGGGCUCUUUUAAGAAAAGAUCAAGUGAAAAGUACUAAAAAAAAAAAGAUUCAGGUAAUUAUCCUUCAGCACUUUAUUGUUAUUCAGAAUAAAAUUUAUGAUGGCACAUUUGCCCUGCAAAUGUCUUAAUGAAAUUGUUCUGAAUAAAAAGCUCCUUAUUUGUUUGAGGAAAAAAAAAAAUUCAAGUGUACCUGUGAGUUGAAUGAGCUGGAUCCACUUGGGUUUUUGCUCGCAUUUUAUCCUGAGGGUUGAUGUCAUGGUAUUUACAGAGUCAUCACUGCAAAGAAUCAGCUUAGAUUUAUUUCAUCUUUAUUCAGUAAACAAAACAAAACAAAAACUCGUGAUGAAUAGUAGUAAAUAUAAAAAGCAUUAGACUUACUUUCUGGUUAAGUAAUUGAGGUUUAAUUUCUUUUUUAAAAGAUACACUUAUUUUACUAGGUUGGGAAUGGAAUUUCACCGUCGAAAAGGGUGAAUGGGAGAUAACGGGUCAUGGUCGCUCUCCAGCCUUUGGAUGAAGAGGCUUUAAAACCCGUCUUUACCAUGGGCAAAUUUGGUGGAACGUUUGAGCUACCACAUAGAUUAACCCGUUUGUGAUUUAGACACACAUUCUAGAAAUAGCAGACAUCAACAUUUUGAAAUCAUUUGCCUCUAACCUUGUGGUACGUAUGCAUGAGCUUUUUUUUUUUUUUUUUUUUUUAAAGGAAACUGUAUGUGCAGUAAAUCGACACUAGUAGAUCUCAGUAAUUUGGGGGUAAAAGAGCAACUGGAUUUUUCAGUGAUUUAAUAUUACCCCUUCCUUUCGUGGGCGGGGAGAAGAGUUUGGUAAGGCACACCUCACACUACCUGACGGGUGAACCUAAAUCCAACAACUCCAGGGCAGCUGAGGAUUUCUUCACAUGGCGUAUCUUCCACCGCUAAAGAUUGAUUGCAUAAAACUGUUCUUCAGUCUCGAGAACUAAAAUGCCUUAUUUCAGUUAGGAUACAAUUCUCCUCUGUUUGCCAUCUCCCCAAACGCUGUUAGGAGCUCUUGACAAAUUGUUUGAUAGCUCAAGAUUGUCCAUGAUUUUAUUUUGGAGGAGGUUGGUUAAUAAACGUGACCUCAGACACUGUUAAGGCCUUUGUCAGAAAGUAUUCUCAAAAUUAUUGUUGACUGAAUUAAAAUACGUCCAUGAUACUGAGUACUCUAAUACUUAAUGAGCUACUUGUAGGCUGGAGUUGAUAAAUUUUGAUUAUGUCUCUGUAAAAAUGCCUCGUAAGGCCUGCUGAAUUUUAGAUGUUCCUCUAUUGAUCAUUCCUGGAACAGAAAUGGUCAUUUUACUCAGUUUAGAUACCAGUCUACUUUAUAAAGACAAGUGGAUUCUAGAUUUUAAAAAAGAGUCCUUUUUCUUACCCAUAAACCUGACAGGGGCGUAAAAAACCCAAAUCAGCAAAAAAUAAACUUGGUGCCCAUUCUGAUUUUGAAGUUAAGUGAUUGCUGACUUGUACAGCGACUCCCUUAAUGUAUAAUAUUUUAGAACCCCCCCCCCAUCUACUGUGACUUGGGAAGACUCUAAAUUCUAUACGAAAAGGUUGCUCUUUAAAUCACCCAGCUGAAACCUUAGGUUCACUUUUACAGGUAAAAUGAUCCUUGUAAUUAUCAGAAUUGUGGGGGCCAGACGAGAUGAUAAUAACGUAUUUUUGCAUACUGCGACAGCAGCGUUAUUGCUUGGAAUUUAACCAUUUUAGAGUUAGAUCCUGAAGAGACUAAUUGGUCGUCAUCCUUUUUUCAUUUUUCUUUUCUUUUCCCCCCCCCGCCUUCAUAUAUAUAUCACUAAACAACUAGUUCCUCCCUUUUGUCACUCCCCAUUGUGUAUUUUUCAGAAGUACUGUAUUCAGAUGCCAGCCAAUAAAUUGUCACAUAAUGGAAAAUGAUACGCCACAACAUUCAUUGUAAGGUUUAAUAAAAUUAAAUUUGCACCAAA